AAGAAAUUUCUCAGCCGGACCGAGAGGAUAAGAGAAUGGCUGGUCCCAUAAAGCCAUGAAAGAGGGCUACUCAGUGCCCAGCCUCAUUUGAAAACAAAAUCAGACCUGGGACCUAUUUAGUGAGGCGGAGCGACAAUUAUCGCGCAGAGGGCAGCUGCAGCUGCGCAGAGUCGCAUUUCCGUCCCCGCCUCCAAGACGCUGCAGAAUAAUCUGUCAUGGCGGCGGGGCUGUUAGGUUUGUGGUCUCGUCGCCUUUUGGCGGCAACGGCGAUGCGAGGGCUCCCGGCUGUCCAUGUCCGCUGGGAAUCCACCGCCUCCAGGACUGUGGUUGCUCCGCCCGCCAUCACAGGGAAGCGGCCACGGGAACCGAUCAUACGCUGGCAGGAAGACCCGGAUCCCGAGGACGAAAACCUCUACGAGAAGAACCCAGACUCCCAUGGUUAUGACAAGAAUCCUGUUGUGGACCUCUGGAACAUGCGUGUCGUCUUCUUCUUUGGCUUCUCCAUCGUCCUAGUCCUUGGCAGCACCUUUGUGGCUUACCUGCCUGACUACAGGAUGCGCGAGUGGGCCCGCAGGGAGGCUGAGAGGCUUGUAAAGUACCGAGAGGCCAAUGGCCUCCCCAUCAUGGAAUCCAAUUGCUUCGACCCUAGCAAGAUCCAGCUGCCAGAGGAAGAGGACUGACCAGUUGCCAAGUGGGGCUCAGGAAGCACCACCCUCCCCACCCCUCCACCUGCCUUCUGCCCUCUCCUCAGAGCACCUAAUUAAAGAGACUGAAAAUCUGA